AUUAGCUCGCUAGCCCGUCGAGCUAAGCUUGUGUUUUCCGAUGCGGCUACGUUAGCUCCACUCCAAACCUCUGUUAUUAAACGACGCCACACAUUUGGCUUUUAGAGAACAAACUCGACCAUCUGAUUUGACUUUUAAAAUCUCCAAGGGGUUUAUGUCAACGGCCAAAGGUGAUUCUGUAGUGCCGCACAGUUUGCCCAAGUCAUCUACCUGGAUGAGGGAGCGCCGCCAUGAACAAGCUACGGCAGAGUUUCCGGCGGAAGAAGGACAUCUACGUGCCCGAGUCCAGCCGGCCGCACCAGUGGCAGACGGAUGAGGAGGCGGUCCGCAGCGGCAAAUGCAGCUUUGCGGUCAAGUACUUGGGACACGUGGAGGUGGAAGAGUCGCGGGGCAUGCACAUCUGCGAGGAAGCCGUCAAGCGGCUCAAAACGGACAGGAAAUUCUUCAAAGGAUUCUUUUCCAAAGCUGGGAAGAAGGCAGUGCGUGCAGUGCUAUGGGUGUCGGCGGACGGGCUCCGCGUGGUUGAUGACAAAACUAAGGACCUGAUCCUCGACCAGACCAUCGAAAAGGUGUCAUUCUGCGCGCCGGAUCGGAACUUCGAGAGAGCCUUUUCGUACAUCUGCCGGGACGGGACGACGCGCCGCUGGAUCUGCCACUGCUUCAUGGCUGUCAAAGACUCGGGAGAGCGGCUCAGUCACGCCGUGGGCUGCGCCUUCGCCGCCUGCCUGGAGCGCAAGCAGAAACGGGAGAAGGAGUGCGGUGUCACGGCCACAUUCGACGCCAACCGGACUACCUUCACCCGCGAGGGCUCCUUCCGGGUCACCACGGCCACGGAGGCGGCCGAACGGGAGGAAGUCAUGAGGCAGCUGCAGGACUCUAAAAAAAGCGAGAGCGACGCAAAGGCAGCGGGCAACUCGUCCGGCGGCGGCGUGAUCAACGUCUCCGCCGUUCAGUCGGGAAACUCCCCGUCGCCCACGUCCUCGCCGCCCCUCUCGCUGGGCACCCUGGGCGUCCCCCGCCCACAAGCCCACGCUGACGUGAUGGCCAGGCAGGGCUCGUUCCGCGGCUUCCCGGUGCUCAGCCAAAAGACGUCGCCCUUCAAGCGCCAGCUGUCGCUGCGCAUGAACGAGCUACCCUCCACCGUGCAGCGCAAGUCGGACUUCCCCAUCAGGAACGCGGUACCCGAGGUGGAAGGAGAGAACGACAGUAUAAGCUCGCUGUGUACUCAGAUCACCACGGCGUUCAGCGGACCUCCAGAGGACCCCUUUUCCUCAGCGCCCAUGCCCAAAGCGCUUGCCUCGCCACAGUCACCCGCAGCGCCAGUCAACGGCUCUGCCGCUAUCGCCUCCUUUUCCGCUCAUCCUCACUCCCAUCCUCUUCCUCCUCCCACCCUUCCCACCGCUGCUGCUGUUAAUCCUCCAGCUCCGAGCUCAGCAGCGUUGGCCCCCGCUCUGCCCGCUCGAGACACUAACCCCUGGGCCAAGACCCCCGCUGGGGUCCCGGCCCCUUCCACGGCGGGAGGUGAUUGGUCGUCGUCCACUCCCGUCAUCAUCGCCCCGCCCGCGUUUUCUCCGGCGUUGUCUUCGCACAAGCGCACCCCCUCUGAAGCAGAAAAAUGGCUGGCGGAGGUUUCCAAGUCUGUCCGGGCUCCUCCGGCCAAGCCCAUCCUGGCGGCGGCGCCACAGCCCGCCCUGCCAUUUGUGGCCCCCAUGGCACCCUCACCCCCGAUGGCGUACGUGCCCCUGUUGCCCCCGCGCCAGACUGCUUUCCACUCCAUGUCCAACGGGCUGUCCUUCCCACAGCCCAGCGUGCCCGUGGUGGGCAUCACCCCCUCACAGAUGGUGGCCAAUGUCUUCGGAUCGGUCGCGCAACCCCAGCCCUUUCUCGCCCCGGCGCCCGUAGCGCCCCCGAGUGUUGUCAUCCCGGGCCCCUUCAUCAAGCCCCCGCCGUCGCCCGCCACCGCUAGCCCUGCCCGCGCGCACCCCGCCAACGGCGGCGGCAGCUUCAACGGGGCGAACAAUUGGGCUACUCCGCCCCAUCCGCCCGCCACCUCCUCGCCGGCUAACGCCGCCUCGCAGGAGCCACAGGAAGAUGCCUUUGAGGCCCAAUGGGUGGCGCUGGAGGGGCGCUCGCACCAGCGUACCACGCCGUCGCCUACCAACCCCUUUUCCACCGAGCUGCACAAAACCUUUGAGAUCCAGCUUUGAUGACUGUGCCUGAAGAAAGGGUAGGAAGGGAAAAUCUCCAAUUGCGGGGGAGGUGGCGGUCGCGGGGAAGUGGGGGGAGAGCCGGAGCGUUGACAUCUAAGACCCCACCCUACUCCUCAGAAAAACCCUGCUGCUGUUCUUCACAAGUCUCAUCAGCAUUCUCUGUGCUCGUUUGAUCGUCCUGUGGAACAUCCACUUUUCCUCCCACCGCCGCCACCCCCUCUCUGUAAGCCGCUUCUUACCCACUCAACUCUCAACCACCUCAUGCCCACCAACCUCACCCGACUGGAAGAAUAAAGCAAGACAAUGCCAAAAUGUUUAUUUUUAUGCAUUAAGUAUAUUUUAAAUAGCUACGGAUUUCAACCGUCAUCAUGCCAAAGGCACAAAUUAUAUAUUAGGGAUGUGCAUCUCUCCAAUAAAACAAAAACGACAAUUUGGUAUGUAUCCCAAUACAUCUGGUGCAAUACAAUUCAUUUACGGUUCAAGUGUGACGAUUUGAUUUGGUCCGAUUCAGUGGGAUUACGAAUCGACCCGAUGUGGUACUGCUGAAUUCGAGAAAGUAUGAUGCAAUGACUUGUUCAUUUUUAAAAAAAUGAAUGAACUUAGUUAUUGUAAAUGUGGCAUUUCCUUCAAAUAUAUCUCUCUACAAGGUGAUUUCUAUCAUAUCUCUAUAGAUUUUAAAAUGGAACAAUUCGGUUGGAUUUAACACACUCGCCUUUCAAAUCAAAACUGUUUUUUCGAUUCAGAUUGUUUUUUGCCACACCCCUAAUAUAUAUAUUUACUGUAUAUAUGUACACAUAUAUUACAUAUGUAAUAUGUGUUACAUAUGUGUAUAUUAUACAUAUGUAUAUUUUACCUACAUAUAUAAAUAUAUAUAAAGUAUCACACACAGCAGUGCUAAUUUUUAAUGUGAUGUAAAGAGAUUUUGUGAAGGGACAGCUGCUUUACUGUUAUUUUUUUUGCAUAUUUUAUUCUAUUUUAUUUUUAGUCUUGGUGGUCGACUGUAAAUAUUGCAGUAACAAUCAACAAGGACCUAGCAACAACGGCAGCAAUGAUCGGCAAUCUUUUUAUUCUUGAGUAUGCUUGUUUUUGGGAUGUGUCUAAAACGUAUCUUUUUUUUUUUCAAAAACUAGUGGAUUCCUCAUGUUUUGCUUUUACACAAGCACUAAUAACAUGAGAUGAUUGGAACUCCUCCAUCAGCCCGCUGCUUAAAGAGUUACAGGGAGAUGACAACUGAAACAUUUUCCAUUAUUUCCUGGCUGUCGUGUUUUGUUUUGUUUUUUGUUUUUUUUCAAAUCAAAACCUGUGAAUAUAAUCUUUUGUCUGAUCUAUUUUUCCAUUUUGUAAUUAUUUCACAACUUUAUUCCAUUCGUCUGGAGAAAUGUUGAAGUUAAAUUUAAAAGGUUGAUUAAAUGAUGGUGGCAGAGAAAA